GCCAUUAUCAUUAUCUCACAAAACAAAUAUGAUGUUGACAUAACUAAUGGUUUCACAAUAGCCAACCUAUAAUUAACACUCCUGCUGGAUUUUAACUUUGCUGCAAGACAUAAAAGGAAAAAUCCUUUAAAUCUAAACAAUCUUACAAAAAAAUAUAUUUUUUAUAAUUUUACAGCAGUUACAAGAGAUACUUGACAGUUGAUACAGUGUAAUACGUACAUAAUGCCAACCAAAAUAACAUAUGCCAGCACAGGAGAUCCACUGGAUGUCCUAUAUUUGGAAAAUUAUGAUAUGCCAGAACCAGACAAAAACGAAGCAUUGAUCCAAAUGAUAGCAGCUGCUGUCAAUCCCGUAGACAUAAAUAUUGUACAAGGAAAAUACCCAUUAAAAGUUGAAAGCCCUGGGUAUGAAGGUAUGGGAAAAGUUUUAAAAGUUGGUCCUGAAGUGAAGAAUCUUAAAGUUGGAGAUCACGUUAUACCAGUUGUUUAUGCAGGAACAUGGAGGACCCAUCUCACGUUGCCUGAAGAAAGUUUAUUUCGCAUUCCCGAAAGUUUGAAUGUUCCCGAAGGGGCUACAUUGCAUAUAAACCCAAUAACAAUGUAUACAAUGCUUAAAGAAUUCGUAAAAUUAGGCCCUGAAGAUACCGUUAUUCAAAAUGGAGCGAAUUCUGCUUGUGGAGUUGUUGCCAUUCAGAUGUGCAAGGCAUGGGGAAUAAAAAAUGUGAAUGUGGUGAGGGAUAGACCACUGAUUGAUGACCUAAAAUCAUUUUUAAAAAGUUUAGGUGCUACCUAUGUUUUUACCGAAGAAGAAAUCAGAAAGACCGACAUAUAUAAAAGUGGAGAGUUAAACAAUCCUAUAUUAGGACUCAACUGCAUCGGUGGAAGUUCAGCCACUAGCAUUAUGAGGCAUUUAAGUGAUGAAGGAGUGUUAGUAACUUACGGUGGUAUGUCGUUAGAACCCGUUAUAGCCUCAACGACGGCUCUGGUAUUCAAAAAUAUCCGACUAGACGGUUUCAACACCACCCGAUGGUAUAAUAAAGAAGAGAAUUUCGCCAAACUUCCUAAAAUAAUGAAUGAGAUCGUCGAUAUGGUGUUAGAGGGAAAGUUAAAAGCACCACCGCACGUGUUAGUUGAUUUUUUGAGUUAUAAGGAAGCUUUAAGAAAUACUCUAACCCCAGGUGGUAUGAUUGGAAAAAAAUUCAUUUUGGAUUUCAGGAAUUUGAGUAGUAAAAUGUGAGGAUGUAUUAUUUUUGUUAAAUAAAAACUAUAUAUUAUAGCAGAA